GGCAACGUCAAAAAAAUAGUUGCAGAGUCUUUUCAGACUGGAGUAGUUGGUUUGAGAAACAGCUACCAAGUAAUAACAAAAUUAAUGAAUUUACUAACGGAUAUUUAUUCGCAUCGCGAAGUAAUUUAUUAAUCGGCAUACUAAAGCUGUAAUCUACCUGAGGUUUUAGCGUGGUAAAUGGAGGAGAAGAAGAAAGACGGAGACCCAGAGAUUCAGGAACACGGACCCGAACAUUGGUUCUCAAAAUGGGAGCGGCAGUGUUUGGCCGAAGCCGAGCAAAGGGAGUCAAACGAGGAGGAGGCCGAUAAUGACCAGGAUAAAUUGUGGCAUCUCUUCCAGAAUUCCGCCACUGCUGUGGCUCAGCUCUACAAAGACCGAGUAUGUCACCAACAGGGGGGGCUUUCUUUGUGGGUGCCGUUUCAAAACGCUGCCACAGCCGUAACCAACCUGUACAAAGAGUCUGUGGAGGCUCACCAGCGUAGCUACGACCUGGGUUUACAGAUCAGCCACCAGCGUCGCAACAAGGAUGUGCUGGCCUGGGUGAAGAAAAGGAGGAGAACCAUCCGGCGGGAGGACCUCAUCAGCUUCCUGUGUGGCCGGGCCCCACCCCCCCGGAGCUCCAGAGCCACCCUCACCCCAGGACACAGACUGACCAUGGUUUCCCCUAACCGGCCUCCCCCGGCCCCAGAGACUGACUCCUCUGUGGAGGCUGACCUCCAGCCCUUCAGAGAGGCCAUCGCACUGCAUGGUCUAAGUGGGGCUAUGGCCAGCAUCAGUGUCCGUUCCGGUACCCCAGGCUCUCCUACCCACGUGGGGGGUGCUGCUGGCGGUGGGGGUGGGUCGACCCCGGUGGGGCGUCGGCGUAACGGCCUCAACGAUGUGGACCUGAACACUUUCAUCGCUGACGAAAUGGCCCUGCACCUGGACGCUAACCCCAGGAAACGCAGCUCCGCCCAGUGCAAUGACGUCAUAACAGACUCCCCCACCCAUAAACGCAACCGGAUGAUCUGAUUGGCUUGCGGCCCAGCCCCAGGGAGGGCUAAGAGCCUUUUGUGGGAGGGGGUGUGUUCUUGAGACAGACUGACUGAAGGAUUUAUGGCUGUGGAGUGAACCGGCGUUGAGGACUGAGGAGGCCUUCCAUUUAGUUGAGUGGGUGGUGUUCUCCUGUCCUUGCCUCCUUUCGUAGUUGAGAGCACUGGUCUAAAAUGAAAGCAUGCGUGUUGGAAACCUGUCAUCAAUCCUUCACAACCCCAUUAGGCUGCAUUUACACAGGCAGCCUAAUUCAGAUAUUUUUCCACUAAUUAGUCUUUUGACCAAUCAGAUCAGUUCUUUUGCCAAUAAUUGGGCAAAAGAACAGAAUUAGGCUGCCUGUGUAAAUGCAGCCUUAGUGAUCAGCGCUCGUGACCGAGAGGAUGCGAGGACAGAAAGGCAUCAAGGAGGUUGGGACGCAGCCCCCUUUCAGAGGAGAAAUGCACUGUGCUGAUUUUGAAAUCAAUAAAAAAAGCCACUUGAUCCUCUACACUUGUCGCCCCACCCUCUCUCCUCUCCCAUCCUCACCCAUCCUCCCUUCCUAAUGAAACGAGGGUCAUGGAAAACAUCUGUCUUACUCAGUGAACUAGAGAAUGGUUGAUGCCGGAAGUAGUUCUGUUGGAGAGACUACAACUCAUUUCUUUCUGUUAUUCAUCCUGCUCAGUGGACAUUGAUGCUGUCUGUGAUGAAGAUGAGGAGGAGGAGGACACCCCUCACUGGAGCUUCCCCGUCUGUGUCCCAAAUGGCACCCUACUAUAUUACCACAUAGGGCCCUGUUCAAAAGUGGUGCACUAUAUAGGGGAUAGGGUGUUAUCUGGGAGCAGCCCCGCUGUCUCCUGUGUCUAGUUCCAUGGCUGUGGGUCUGAUGGUUGAUUCCCCCCAAUAGCAGGCUGUUGAUGUUUGAUUAUGUAGGCUACCUUCUGUCUGACAACUGUGCUUCAACGGUCAUUUUAAGUUUGAGUUGCAAGUGCAACCACCCCGCAGGGUUAGCGUCCCAAAUCGCGCACACUUCCCUAUAUAGAGUGCCCUAAUAGGGCACUCUGGUCAAAAGUAGUGCACCAUGUAGGGAAGAGGGUGCGAUUUGGAGCACUAACCCCAGUGUUCAUUUUCAGGUUACAAUGCCUCUGCUACAGUUAGUUCAUUUAUUCACCACCUUGCUUUUUGUGUUGGGCUAUUUAAAAGUUCAGGAACCACUCAGUGAUACCAACUGCUUGGUUAAUAUCUGACUGUUGCCAGACUGACCCCCCCCCCCAGUCAGUGAUGUAGUGUGAAAACAGUCAGUGUUACCUACUGCUUGGAUAAUAUCUGACUGUUGCCAGACUAACCCCCCAGUCAGUGAUGUAGUGUGAAAACAAAUAGGAAGGUGAACUCUGAUCCCAGUGAGUAAAGUAACACUCCCUGUACUUUCAAUGCGUAUUUCUGCAGAAGGUGUGACAGGUAAACGCUCAAGCAACAUAAAGUGUGAACGGCGUUAACCUGCGUUUCUCGUCUUCUAUUCUGUAUCUGCUGCUGUUCUGUGGGGUUGUGUGAUGACCAUAUUACCAGAGUUGCAAUAAGGAUGUUGCACUUAAGCUUCUUUCACAUCUAAACUCAUGCAAGUUGAUCUUCCAUCAGAACCAACUAGGCAGUCGAUCCUCCACCUAAGGUAUUCAAUCAAACACCACCACCUUCACCUCCCCACCCCCUGGAAACUGGGUGGUGUUAAUCCGCCACCAAACGGAAGAGGAACAUACUUUAAUGUUUUGCUACGGUGUGCCGUAAUGAACGUGCCCCAAACCAGAAGAGAAACUUUGUUUUGUUUGUUUUAAGUUGCCAAAUGUUUUGCUAUGCUGUGCCGUACUGAACACCACCCAGAUGAAGAGACGUGGGAGGAGCGAAGGUGGACCUCCCGGAAACAAACUAUCACAGAAUUGUUCUUUCAGUUGCCGAGGGCCUAACAUCCCAAUGUCCACACGACUGUUUAGUAUGCCGUAUGCAUGGCCAAUCCAGUGCAUCGCUCCAUACUAACAGGUGAUAUUGUGACGUAGCCUCAGUCUUCUAAUGGGUGUGCGUUAAUGAGUUGAUGUGAAAAGCUGCAGUUGGCUGACUAUUAAAACUGAAACGGGAUAGUUUACCCAAAUUAUAAAAUGCCAUUGGUUUCUGUACCCUGUAUAGACAAGGAAUACAGCAAUCCAUGCUUUGGUUUAGUUUACCUGUGCUGCGUUUUAGUACAUAACGUAAUAGAAUGUUCAAUUGAACUGAGACAGUGCUGUACCAGUUUCCAGUUGAAAAACAGGGAGUGUUUUGGUUGUGGGUUCAAAAUCCCCUGCUGCCCUUUAAAUACGUGACUCAUUGCUUCAAGCCACACCCCGGCACACCCAACGAACACAGUAAACCUAUCGCAAAGUCUGUUCAAGAACGUAAAAGUACAGUACAAACCGUUCCACAACACCGGAAACGUUCAAGUGAACUGAACUCCCCACUGGCCGUGGUCUCCAAAUGCUAACUUUUGUAGCAUUUUUGUCCAAACCCAAUGCAAGCAAGUCAUUAUCCCUGAUAUUAGCAUUUUUUACAUUUCAUGUCGGACAGAUUUAGUAAUUUGGGUGAACUAUCCUUUUAAUGACACAGAUUGAGGUUGUACCAACGCUCUGAUCUAGGAUCAGCUAACAUUAACCACAGUUUUAACCCUAAUACAGGGCUCUACAGUGCCACCAUUUUACUCGCAUAUGCGCCUAUAUAUUUUGCUGUGCGACCUGGAUUUUUUUUAUUUAGGAGCACCAGUGAGCAUUAAAAAAAAAAUAGAUUCUAGCUUCAUUACCUAAAAUAUUUUUGAUUGUGCUCCUAAAUUUCUUUGUGUUCGCCUACAUUUUUCAACUUAAGCGCAUAUGUGCUCCUUGUAAAAAAAGGUCAGCUUAGAGCCCUGGCUUAACCAAUAGGAGGUCAGAAAGCAGGACCUGUAUUCACAAAGUCAGAGUAGGAGUGCUGAUCUAGGAUCAGUUUGACCUUUCAGAUCAUAAUGGAUACGAUUCUAGAGACUGGGGGGCGUCUGAUCGUAGAUCAACACUCAUGCUCUGAGACACGUUGUGAAUACAGAACCUGAUCAGAGAUCAGUUCUUAGGGCCACUUCAUCCUAUCCUGGUUGCUUAUUCAAACCAAGAGGGAGCACAGUUAGUGUGUAUCCCAAAUGUCACACUAUUCUCUUUGACCAGGGCCCAUGGGGAGGUAGAUAUGGUCGAAGAACUACCUUUUGACCAGAGCAAAUGGGGAGGUAGAUAUGGUCUUAGAGACAUUUUGGACGUAGGUAUGGGGUGGUCGCGCCCCAAUAAUAUCUCCUUUCUCUUGAAGUGCACGCUCGUUCACUCCCUUCCCACAAAUAUAAAAGCAUUGUACUGGUGGAGACAUGGGCUAGUGGGAGAUUCCACCAUAUUUCUUAUACCAGUCAUUUCCUUUCAAAUCAGUGAAGUGAACAAGUGCACACUGGGAGGAAGGAGAGAUAAUUGGGACAUAACCAUGGGCAGAAUCUCAAUUGUUUUUCCUUCAUUCUUCGUAUCCUCCCCUCUCGCCGCCUUCUCGAACCCCAUUUGGAUGAGGAAUCAAGGAAAUGCAAUUGAGAUUGUCCCCAUGUUCUCCUGCCAUGCAGACUAGGAGGUCCUUCUGUAAAGCUCUGUACGUUACAGUUCUCCCUGCGGCGUUCAGCCCGCUGAGUAGACCUCUUGACAUUAGAAUGUAGACCGGUUGACGUCAGAGCCCAGUACACUAACGUCCCACAUAGCACCCUAUCCCCUAAGUAGUGCCGUAUAUAGUGAAUAGGGUGUAAUACUUUGAGGGCUCUGGUCAAAAAGCCUUAUGUAGGGAGCAGCGUGCCAUUUGGGACAGGUCUUAUUCCCGGAGGCAUUUCUUGUAGAGCUGAAAGAAUGUGAUCGGUAAUACAUUUACAGCAUAUUGCUUACACCUAUCCAAUCCAUUCAGCUCAACACAAGUGUUUUAGAGGUGGGGUGUAUUCAGUGAAGGGGAAACGCUCUAAAUGGUUCAGAUAGAAAUAGAAUGAAUAGAGCUGACACGAUUCCCUAUUUCUAUCUGACAGAAUCAAUCCUAUCCGAACGCGCCGUUUUACGUCCUCCUGAACUGCUGUCUGGGCGGGGGGCCGAAGUUCUGUCAAUCUACCAAUGAACGGCAUCCAUCCUUACACCCCGCAUCACGUGACUAGAGAACCCUAUGGCUGCGUCCCAGAUGGAAUCCUAUUCCCUGUGUAGUGCAGUAUGUAGGGUGCCAUCUGGGAUGCAGGUCCCCCAAGUCGGCUGCCUCUUGUGGUCCAUCUCUAUAGAGCCAACACUACUAUCAAAUGUUUCCUGAUACUUGAUGAAUGGCUACUCUAUAUAGUUAACAUGUAGGUGUUGGUAUGAUCCCUGUGGUUCACAUGACUCUAUAUAGUUAACAUGUAGGUGUUGGUAUGAUCCCUGUGGUUCACAUGACUCUAUAUAGUUAACAUGUAGGUGUUGGUAUGAUGCCUGUGGUUCACAUGACUCUAUAUAGUUAACAUGUAGGUGUUGGUAUGAUGCCUGUGGUUCACAUUGGAAAAGGAAUACAAUAAAUCUUUCAAAUGCAAUUGAUGUACUACGUUUCAUAAAAAUAAAUAAACACACAUGCUUUUA